UCCGGUGCAACCCUGCUGCCUGGGUUCUCUACGACCAGUUUGUCUCAGCAAUUAAUUCCCUAGUCCUCCUCCGUAGAUGAAUCCGGCUAGCACGGAGUCCAGACAGCACAGAUGGAUUCCGAUGUCCAUAUAUCCUGCCCUACCCACAUCCGUUCGAGCCAAGAAAGCUUUUUUCUUCAGCCUUACCUGACCCCCGUCCUGCCCACUCACCACCAUGAACCUGUCCCGCGAUCGCCCGCUCCCUUCCGUUCACCACCUCCCACGGAUAUACUCGCCUUCGCCUUCGCUUUCUUCGCUCUCGGUCUCAGACUCAUAUCAAUCCCACUCGCCUAGUCAGAGUCCACCUUCUUUCGCUCCCUCGCCACCUCACCACCACCAUCCGGGCUCCGACUCCCCGCGAACAGAAGAAUACAAAACGAGUCUCGAACAAGCGAAACUCGACCGCCGACGUCAGGAAUACGCCCUCCUCCGCGAUGCCCUGAGACGAGGGAUCCCCUACUCCGCGAUCCCAGGGCUCCUCGCCUCGCGGGACUCCUCCGUCCGAAAGGGGACAGGACAUGGUGACUACAGCCUCGGAGGGCACCAUCAGCAUCAUCCACAGGGCCAUAUCCCUGGCUCCUGGCCAGGGUCAGGGUCCGAUUCACCCGGACUGAGCGUCUACGGCCACGCGCCUGGGACAGGGCACGGACAAGCCGGUGUGAUAUACUACAUCCCAACCCCCCCAGGCCCGAAUCCAAAUCCAAUGCCCCAGCCGGGGCAACGACGCCUCGAUCUCGACGACAGCUUUCUCCAUCGUGCGUACAAGCGCCGGAGACCGUGGACUGGCUCGGCUCGGGCUCGUUCCGCGCAGGGAGGCGACCGCAAGCAGCGGAUUACCUUUCAUCAUUAUGUUCCGGGGGUGAGUAAAUAAGUACAUAUACAUACCACGCCUUAGUGGGUGGGGAUGCAUUUGGUUGGGAGUUCGGUUUUGGGGUUUAUGUUCAUUUGGGUGUUCAGGGGACUGGGAUUCUAUAUCUUUUGGUUUAUGGUGUUUUUCGAUCGGAAUUGUCGUUUUGCGUGUGGUUCUUUUGGCCCUUUCUGUUCUGUUCUGUUCUGUUCUGUUCUGUUCUUGGGCGAUUGCACUGGGAGUUUCUGUCUUCGAUGAUUUUAAUUGACUAGGCCAAACUGG